AUGGCAGAUCUCAAGUCCACUUUCUUGAAUGUUUACUCUGUUCUCAAAUCUGAGCUUCUCAAUGACGCUGCUUUCGAGUGGUCUCAUGAUUCUCGUCAAUGGGUUGACAGGAUGCUCGACUACACUGUGCCUGGAGGGAAGCUGAACCGAGGACUGUCUGUUAUUGACAGCUACAGACUGUUAAAAGAAGGACAUGCAUUAAAUGAUGACGAAAUUUUCCUUGCUAGUGCUCUUGGUUGGUGUAUUGAAUGGCUUCAGGCAUAUUUUCUUGUUCUUGACGACAUUAUGGAUAACUCCCAUACACGUCGCGGUCAGCCAUGUUGGUUUAGAGUACCCAAGGUCGGAAUGAUUGCAGCAAAUGAUGGAGUUCUACUAAGAAACCAUAUUCCGCGUAUACUUAGGAAACACUUCAAGGGAAAGCCUUAUUAUGUCGAUCUCCUUGAUUUGUUCAACGAGGUCGAGUUUCAAACUGCUGCAGGACAGAUGAUAGAUUUGAUCACCACACUGGAAGGAGAAAAAGACCUGUCCAAAUACACUUUAUCACUGCACCGACGUAUUGUACAAUACAAGACUGCCUAUUAUUCAUUUUACCUUCCUGUUGCAUGUGCAUUGCUCAUGGCGGGCGAGAUUCUGGAUAACCAUGUUGAUGUAAAGAACAUUCUUGUUGAGAUGGGCACAUAUUUUCAAGUUCAGGAUGAUUAUUUGGAUUGCUACGGUGAUCCUGAAACAAUUGGAAAGAUAGGCACAGAUAUUGAAGACUUUAAGUGCUCUUGGUUAGUCGUAAAAGCAUUGGAACUUUCCAAUGACGAACAAAAGAAAGUUUUACAUGAGAACUAUGGGAAGCCAGAUCCAGCAAAUGUUGCUAAAGUGAAGAUCCUUUAUAACGAGCUUAAUCUCGAGGGUGUGUUCAAGGAGUAUGAGCGUGCGAGCUAUGAGAAGCUUGUAACCUCCAUUGAAGCUCAUUCCAGCAAAGCAGUUCAAGCCGUAUUGAAGUCAUUUUUGGCUAAAAUUUACAAGAGACUGAAGUAG